AUGAAUCACGUCAUGGCGGAUAGCCCGUCUCUGAGAGCCAGUCCUGCUAUCAAAGUCCCGAGCGCAUGCGGAGCAUUCAGCCUUCACAAUGUGGCCGCACCGGGGCCUCCUGCAACCAACGCACUCCCGGGAGCCCCUUUGCGUGAACCAGGAUCUGCUUCCCCCAGCAUUGAGGUUGAGACUUCUGACCUUCCCUCCUCAACUGCACUCGCGCCUUAUGAUCCGUCCUCUUCCGUUCUGAAUGUUUUGAUGUCUCUACUGCCCAACUUUGAUGCGGCCAGCCUUCUCGUAGAUACGUAUUUUGAUCGAGUGCACUGGUUCAUGUUGAUCUUCUAUCAAGAUGAGUUCCGUCAACGGUGGCCCAAAUUAUACGGUCGCUCUACUGAGAGGCCUCUAACAUACGCCCACCGUCACCUCGGCUUUCUUAGCACCUUCCUGAUCGUAAUCGCCAUCGGGCUGCAGUACGCCGGGCCUUACCGACAAGGGAUUCUCUCGAGACAUGGGGUCGACAUCAACCUAAGGGAUCGCAUCCUCUUUACUCACCCCGUCCAAUCGACUGAUUUCCGAACCCGCAAUGAGACUCGCAAAAGAUGCUGGUGGGCAGUGUAUGAGAUCGAAACCUUCUCUGCUGUGGCAUAUGGCUAUCCGCACAGUAUCCGCGAUGAUGAUUGCGACGUAGAACCGUUAGAUCCAUCAGCCAAGCUUCAGACUAUGCAGUCUCCGGGUUCAUUUAAUGAACCCUUGACGUCCGAUCCAACGCUACUUUCCUACAAGUACUUUAUAACUAAACUGUCCACCAUCACUAAAGGAGCCUUGGAUGAUCUGUAUCGCGUUCGCUCACAUCCAGCUAGCCGAUCUCAUACAAAUUCACCGGAUAUCCAAAGAAUCGUUCGAAAGGUCGCCGACUACGAUAACCGACUCCGCCAGUGGGAAGCAGAGAUCCCUUCCCCACUCCAGUGGCGCUGUGUUUCUCACCAUUCUCAUUAUGCCUCCGCUGAAGAAGUCGAUCGCGCUAUUGGAGCCUCGGGGCCUCGCUUCGAGAAUCACAUUUAUCAACUCCAAGCUCUCGCUCUGUGGCUUGCCUAUCAGAACGCACGCAUCCUCACACAUCGUCCUCUUCUUUCCUACACGCUUGCCACUAGAGAGCGAACCAGCAAGUACAAUGGCGAGGCUGCGUAUUCGGUCGACCCAUUCAGGGCCUCCUUAAACGCCUGUCGUGAUGCAGCGCUCAGCAUGUCGGAGAUCCUGUCUAGUCCGCUACUGGAAAUUGUUCCGGAAACCUAUGCCGCUUCAUUCGUUAGCAUUCACACAUUUACAGCAGGUGUAACCCUUGGCAUUCUCAGCAGCAUGGAUCCUCUGGGCCCACAGUCUGCUGAGACGAAGUCCGGGCUCCGCAAACUGAUCGGCAUUCAGGACAAGCUCCGAACACAUUCAGUCGCAGCACAGCAGGGAUUAUCCAUUCUUCAGCGGCUGGCGAAAUUAGUCUUGGAAAAAGAACUUAGUGUGAUGAUGGAAUUGUCUACCUCUACAACCACUGCGCGAUCAGACGAGGCGACAAUUACGGAUUCUCCAUCAACUCAGAGAACAUCGGGUCAGGUCUCCGAUAGAUCAAUAGCUAGAAAUGAUAUUAUUGAUCCUAUCGAGGUGUCCACGGCAAUCCCAGCACUCGAUAUCCCAGCUGAAGAUGGCUCUGCCCAAUACAUGCACGAUCCUGCUCUAACGGCUGCCCUUCAAGAUUUCGAUCAAGCUCUGUCGAAUUAUGCUCCUCGAGUUUCAGCAGGGUCUGACAGCUGUUCGGAAAACCCGUCAUUUUGGCCCACCACGGAGGGCUUUCCGAUCCUAGAGCAGAGCUGGAUAUGGGGUCUAGAGGGUGCACCUUUAUACGGGGAAUACGCGGGUCCGAACCAGGAUAUAUAA